CACUGUAUCUGCUUUAUCGAUUCCAACCACUGAAAAGUCCUUUUCGUCUCUUUGUUUUUUUCUCGACUUUUUGUAAUGGAGAAAGACUUAUAAUGUUGUCUAAAAAUGUCUAUAGACCUCCUAUGCCCAACGGGAGAGGGAGAGAGAGAGCGAGCGAGCGAAUUGGUCCGGGCGGGGUGUUUCUAAUAAUUCUCCGAGUUAUGGCUCCUGAAGAUGUGGCUGCUGGAAGGAAGAGAAAAUGCCCGGAGCCAUCUUCUGGAAUGAAUCAUGAAGUAUUCUUGAAUUUUAGAGGUGCAGAUACUCGUGAAGAAUUCACAGAUGUCCUUCACAAAAAACUGAAAAAUGCAGGGAUCAGGGUCUUUAUAGAUCACGAAAAACUCUGUGCUGGAGAUGAGAUCGAUCAGGGGCUGAAAGAUGUGAUCAAGCGGUCGACUAUCUCAAUAGCCAUAUUCUCUAAAGAUUAUGCUUCCAGUAGAAGUUGCCUUAUGGAGCUGGUACAAAUGUGGGAGUGCAGAAAAUCAAAUGGACAGAUUAUUAUCCCAAUUUUCUAUAAUGUUAGGCCCCAUGCUGUAAAGAACCUGGAGGGGGAUUUUGCAACGUCCUUCAAUAAACAUGAUGCAUAUAAAAAAGUCGACUCAGAGACCAUCGACAAAUGGAAGGAGGUUCUUCGAGAGGUCGUGGAAUUGAGCGGAUUUGAUCGGGCGACCAUAAACGGGGGGCAUGUGACCGACCUCCUAGACAAAGUUAUGACCCGUGUCUGGCAGGAGUUGGGGAAGGAUGACCAAGACGUGACCGACAAACUAGUUGGAAUCGAUCUUCAUGUUCAAGAGAUGAUGACAAAGCUUGGUGUUGUCUACAGCCAUGGAAAAGCGAUGAAAGUAUGUGGAGAAGAUAAACGUGUUGUCGGGAAUAUGCGGAAUGCCAGGUGUUGGAAAGACUACACUUGCCAAGGUUGUCUUCAACAAGAUCCACAAGUUGAUCGAUGCAUGUAGCUUCCUGAAAGGUAUAAAUUCGGAAGGAGUCGAGUUUUCCCUAGGACUGUUGAUUGCUGAACUUCAAAAGGAAAUACAUGAACCACUGAGAUUUUCUGGUAAAUUUAAAAAAAUAAAAUAUCUCUUUUCUAAGAUGAAGGUUCUCAUUGUGCUUGAUGAUGUGCGUGAGGAUGAACAAAUUGAAGCAUUGGCUGGCGACCUUACUUGGUUUGGUCCAGGAAGUAGAAUCAUUGUGACCACAGAUAGAAGAGAUGUUUUGAAGGUUUUCGACUUUGGGGAAGAAGAAAAAGAUAGAGCAGCUGAAGUGUACGAGGUUAAACCAAUGAGUCAUCAUCAUGCUCUUCAACUCUUUCGUAAUUGUGUUUUUCAAGGGGAUGCUUCCCAAGAUGUCUCCGAGUGCGAUAUCUUGUCCCCAGACAUCGUCGAAGCUCUGGGAAGGCUUCCCUUGGCUAUUAAGCUUCAGGCAGAAUAUUUAAAGAAAAAUAAGAACAGAGAGUUAUGGAGUAGCAAGUUGAAAUCCUUAAAAAAACGCCCACUACAUAAAAAAGUAGCAGCUGCCUUCCAGGUCAGUUACACAUCUUUGGAUGAUACUGCAAAGGAGAUAUUCCUCGACAUAGCUUGUUUUUUCAUUGGCAAGGAUAAGAGGAUUCCUCCUUACAUGUGGGAGGAGGCUUGGGAUGGCGAUCCUCUUGAAGGAAUAAAUCAACUUCGCGACAUGCAUUUCUUGGAAGAUGGAGAAAAUAAUGAAUUAAGAAUGCACGAUCUGUUGAGAGAGUUUGGCAGGGAGCUUGUCAAGAGGAAACAUCUUAAUCAGCGCUGCAGGUUUUGGAAUCACAGCGAUGCACUUUCCUUUCUAAACGACGGUCAGGGUACUAUUAGUGUCCAAGGCAUUGGUCUCACAGUUGAAGAGGGCAGCACCGACAGUUUUACUUGUGAACAAUUUUGGGAAAUGUCGAAUUUGAGGUACCUCAGACUGGACGGGGCUAACAUCCUGGGAGAUACUAUGAAGCUUCCUCAGAAGUUGAGGUGGCUUGAUUGGCGAGAGUGCCAUUCAAUUCCUGAGCUUUGUAAUAUGCAUUUGACGGAGUUAGGGAUUCUCGAUCUGUCUUGGAGUCCAGUCACCAGGGUUUCAAAAUUCUGGGAAGGAAUUGGAGAGAAGGUGGAGAAAUUGAAAGUCUUGAACCUACAAGGAUGUGUUCAGUUGCAUCCAUCGUUGAACUUUCCAGCUCCCAUCAAUUUAGAGAUGUUGAUAAUGGAAGAUUGUUCUCGGUUAUCUCAAAUUAGGCAAUUCAUCAGUAAUCUCAAGAAGUUGAGAUCCUUAAAUUUGAGAAACUGCAGCCAAGUCAGGAAGUUGCCUCAAGAACUGUACUGCAUGAAAUUUUUAACGGAACUUCUGAUUGAUGGAACUGGCAUCCAAGAAAUUUAUUGCCAGGAAGGGUCUUUGAAGAAUCUUGAAAAACUUAGUGCUUGUAACUGUAAACGUUUGCGAGAUAUAUCCACAAUUGGCCGCCUAAGGAAACUCUCAAGCCUUGAUUUGGAUGGUGCUGAUAUUGAUGGGCUUCCACUUGCUUUUGAAUUUCCUCGGACACUCGAGAGACUUUCUUUAAGGGAUUGUCAGAAGUUGAUUCAACUUUCAACUUCCAUCGGGAAGCUGGAUCUGCUGGAGGUAAUGGACCUUUCACUUACUAAAAUCACAGAAUUGCCAGAGUCAGUUGAGAAUUUAAGGAAGUUGAAGAUGCUGAAGAUGGCGCACACUUUCCUACCAAAAUUUCCUAAAGAUAUUGUGAACUUAAAGAACCUGGAGGAGAUAGAUCUCUCUUUCUGCAUAAAUUUGGAAUGGGACAUUCAUUGUGAUAUUUCAGGACUAUUUUCUUUGAGAAUUUUGAGAUUAUCGUCAUCCAAUGUGACCGGGCUGCCUCAGAGGAUUUGCCAUCUAUCUUGCAUCCAAACCCUAGACGUACGUAAAUGCAAACAACUUCAAGCACUACCAAAGUUACCCUCCAGUUUACUCACUCUCUGCUGGGGAUCUAAAAUCAUGGCAGUCCCUGAAUUGACAAAUCUGAUGAAUCUAAAAGAGCUAUGCUUGAAUGAUGAUGAGCAGCCAGAAGCAGGGUCAUCGAAUCAGAUCCCAAAUAUUGGGUGGAUCACGAGUUUAACAAGUCUAGAAACCUUGGAAUUGUCCCUUCCAAAUGUUACCAAACUCCCCAGGAAUUUUAGUGCUCUUACUCAUCUCCGGGAACUCUCUUUAUCCUAUAUGAAGGAGCUAGUCCUCACACAACUUCCCUCGUCCUCAAGCUUAUGGACUCUGCGUCUCAAGCACUGCAAGAUUAUAGAGCCAAAAUUUUCUAGUCUGAAACAGCUGUCAGAACUAGAACUAAAGGACUGUGAUUUAGCAAAGAUUGAUGGUCUUGAAGAUUUAAAGCUUUUGGAAGUCCUGAAAGUUUUUCAUUGCAACCGGAUAAUAAGCCUUAAUGGGCUCGAAGAAUUAGGCCGUCUCAGGAAGGUGGAAGGUAUCUUUUCUGCUCGUCCUAGUCUACCAGAAUUAGACCAACGUGUUGAACAGGACAUAUGCCUGGGGGCUUAAUAGUCUCUGUCCUGUACGAACUACUGUUGUACUUUCGAAUCUUCGACAGGACAUCUCCUUUUAGUCUGAGAAGCUGGAGAGCGACCUCUCUAAGGGCCACAAAAUACCCCAGGAAAAUUCUUGGUGUCCGGUGAUUGUUAGCGGCAUCAAGAAUCUCGCAUCAAAACCAUUGCCAAAGCCUGCAGGAUGCAUCCUUAAGCCGUCCACUGCCACUUAACUCUUCGAUCAUGCUGAGAAAGAGAAGACAAAGAAGAAAAACAAGAUCCAGCAUCCAUGGGCAACAUUGCAAGGACUCCGUGGAUGUGAGCCAUCACCAGCCUUUACCUUUUUCAGCUCUGCUGGUGAGAUUCGUCCUCAACACCGCCUCCAAAUUUGCUUUCAUUCGUUUCAGUUGAUCGAAUCAUCGGGUUCCCAAAUCUCCAUGAGUUCAUUAUAUGAUGGCGAUGUGAAAUGGAUUUGACGGAGAUCUAAUCAGAAGGAACUACAAUAGAGUGCGCUCGUGAUCGUGAAAUUGAGUAGGAUGAUUGCGAUGUUGAGAGAGAGGGAGAGAGAUGCGCCUUUGAAUUGAUCUGCUGCUUGGGAAAGGAUACUUUUCAUCCAUUGUUCUCUUCUCCUCUUCUUAUUCGAUUUUCUUCCCACUCGCACCUCUGGAUACAAUCCGGGUUCAUCGUGAUGGGAUAUGCUCUGUAUUCAUCCGUAAAUAUAAAAAAAUAAUAACAAAACAUGGAGAACAGAACUUUUUGUCGAGGCA